AUGGUGUCUCGAACAGAUGUCAACGGCGACACGGCCGCCUUAAAAAAACGAAAGCGGGAGCAGAAGGACGAUGCGGUCCUGGCGCUGAAGAGACUCAGGUCGAAGCCGCAUGCAAAGCAACAAUCCAAUGGCAAUGUCGAGGUUGCCUCCAGUUUGGGCGAACAUGGUGCAGAUUCGAGCGAGGCACCAGCGCAAAAUACCAACGGCGAAGAUGUGGGGUUGCCCGAUGUCUCUUUGCCGGAAGCAGCGCGAGGCGCAGAGACAGAGCCGUCGGCAUCGUGGAAGGUAUCCAAGCCGAUGGGUGGGAGAAUGCUCGACAUAGACCCGAUAUUUUCACUCGACGAGCGGCAUUUAAUCAUCACAUACAACACUUCAAUCCAAGUAUAUUCCGCCGAAAACUCCUUGCUUGUUCGCCGCAUCGCGCUCCCCGUUACAGGUUCAGAUACUGGAAACGAUUUGAUGUCUACGCACAUCGUGGCGUCGUCGCUGUCUAAAACAUCUCCCGAAUAUGUCUGGGUCGCGUGCUCCGACGGACGUAUAUGGCACAUCAACUGGAAGACAGGGGCAGGGACCGACACCCCCUUUAUCAUUGAGGUAAAGAAGGUCCUUGGAAUGACGGUGGAAGCUGUGGAGAUGGGCGGGGCUACGCAGGAUGUGCUGCUUGUUCUCAAGAAGCUGACCAAAGCCUCUGGGCAAAUUAUGGCUUUCGACGCCAAGGCGCUAUCCCAGGGCGAGGGCCAACUCAUUCACACUUACGACGAGAGCCCACAGCUCCUCCAAUUCGCAGCCGGCGGCCGACUAAUUGUCGCCGCGGCGAAAGAGACACUUCACAUUGGCUUACUCAAAUCUAACAAGAAGCUCAACUCUAUCGGCGACUUAGAGUUCCAGUUUCACUCCUUCGGCGUUCCAGACCCUAUCACGUGCUUCGAUAUACGGUCUGAAACUCAGACACACAAAAAGCGUACAGAAAUCAAGUCUGUGGACCUGACCAUUGGGUGCGCUCGCGGAGCCAUCUAUCUCUACGACGACGUGCUUUCCAAGCUCCCCGGAGGCGGAUCAAGGUCGGGCAAAACGAGCUUAUUCCAGCCACGAAAAUAUCAUUGGCACAGAAGAGCUGUCCAUUGCGUCAAGUGGUCUGAAGAUGGCAACUACCUGAUAUCUGGUGGCUACGAGACGGUCCUUGUUCUGUGGCAGCUGGAUACCGGGAAAAUAGACUUUCUCCCCCACUUGUCGGCAGCGAUUGAGAACAUUGUCGUGUCCCCACGAGGAUCGUCUUACGCGCUUCACCUCGACGAUAAUUCGACGAUGAUAAUGUCUACAGCAGAGAUGAAGCCAACCAUGUACGUCUCGGGCAUUCAGUCUCUUGUUCUAGGCGAGCAGCCGUCAAAAGAGUCCGUAGUGCAGCGAGUAUGGAAGCCGGUGGAUGAGAUCUCGAGACCCUUGGUCACGGCUAGCAAUCCUCGCAACCCGUCGCAAAUGUUCCUAUGUGUUGGAAAUGGACAGCAGGCUACACUAGGAGGAGGAGUGCCCUCCACGCCGCUUCUCCAGAUCUUUGAUAUUUCCUCCUUCCAGAGCGUCGCAAAGCACGCUAUUGCGCGCACAAACCCUACAGACGCGAAUGUCACCAGCCAGGGCGUCCCGAUUAUCGAGCCCAUGGUCACCAAGCUUUCAUUUUCUCCGGAUGGUAAGUGGCUCGCCUCUGUUGACGAGUGGCAACCCCCUGAGAGAGACGUCGACGCGUUCUUGACUGGGUCAAAGACUGUUGGCGAAGUUAGCCAAGAGAGACGCGAAACUUAUCUUAAGUUUUGGGAGGUUGGCGAAGAUGACAGCUCUCUCCAGCUUGUUUCGCGUAUCAACGAGGCCCAUCACACAAGCCAGCCUGAGAUAAUAUUUGAUCUUGCGAGUGACCCGACGUCUUCUCGAUUUGCCACCAUUGGCAACGACGGGAUGGUGCGCUUCUGGACCUCAAAGUUACGCCGGCGAGACGGGCUUGCAUCUACGGGCCCCGAGGGCCAGCAGCUUAGAGCCUGGUCUUGCUCCCGCACUGUCGCGCUGCCGGCCCGCGGUCAACAAGUCGACCUUGUCGAAACCCCGGCCAAGGAGUCUCGGAGUGGCGCUCUCACAUUUUCGGAAGAUGGUUCCAUCCUCUUCGCUGCCUUUGGUGCUUCGUCUGAGGGCGUGGUUGUCGCUAUUGAUGCCGAGACAGGGGCGCUUCGAGAUGUCGUCUCUGGAAUGUUCAAGGGCAAGAUCAGAGGAAUAAAGGCUCUGUCGUCAUGUCUUAUCAUGCUAUCAGAGGAGCUCACCGUCUACGACGUUGUAUCGGACGAGCUGCAGUAUAGCUUCGGCCUCAAGGAGACAUCGGAAGCUGCAAAGCGGCUCACCCAGUUGGCAGUCAACUACCAGUCGCGCACAUUUGCUCUAGUAGCCCCUAUUCCGAAUCCCACCCAAGAACGGAUGAGGAAGGGCGCCAAGUCGGAACUUGCCAUCUUUUCAGUCGACGACGCUGAGCCGCAAUUGGUGCAAACGUUCCCGCUGCUGAUUACUUCGGUAAUGCCUGCCCCGGAGUCGUCGGGCUUCGUUGCCGUAGACUCGAAGGCUCAAAUAUGGUCUGUCACGGAAGGCGCCGACCAAGCACCGAUACUUCAGCCGCUGGCUGAUAUAGGAAUCGACGGAGACGCUGACGCAAAGGCGGAAGCGGAUCCGCUUGAUCUGGCUGGCGAGGAUGGCGGAGCUAGCGACGAGGAGAUGGAUGAUGCGGAUCAAGAUGUUGAGAUGGAGGACGACUACGAUAUCCAUGCCGCCGUCGUUGCUCCCCAGCGGCUAGCCGAGAUCUUCAACGCCGCACCGGCUUUCGCCAUGCCGCCGAUUGAGGAUUUAUUCUACCAGGUCGCGAAACUGUUCUCGACUAAGCCGGUCAAUGCUUAG